AUGUGUCUCCAUCCGCCCGCCGACGAUAACUCGCUGCCGGACCGCUCAUCUCCGUCAACAUUCGACCCUCAUCAAACUCUAUUCACUACUCACUCAGGUCACAGCCAGUCGUCUAUCCACACUCCCAGCUGGUGCCGCCAUGCCGGCCUUAUUCCACUCUCAAGACCAGGGCCUCCAAUGCCCUGUCAAUUGCAUUUAGAGGAGAGGUUGCUCAGGACCUCAUUUGACAACUGGUGCAUCGUCAAUGAUGGAACAACCGAGCCCACCAUUGUCAUGGGUGUUUCCGGGAAACCUAAGGAACUUCUUGAAAUUGAGCCUAUUUUACGAGAUGAUAUUCCCGUCGUUCGGAGGUUCACGGGAGGAGGAACUGUUAUUGUUGAUCAAGGCACAAUAUUCGUGACCUUUAUAUGCAACAAGGAUGCUGUUCCCGGUUUACAGUCAUAUCCUCAGCCUAUCAUGUCAUGGAGCAGCCUAUUAUACAAUAAAGUAUUCGAAGGAAUUGGAGAGUUCAAGCUUCGAGAGAACGAUUAUGUGCUUGGCAACCACAAGUUUGGAGGGAAUGCACAGUCUAUCACCAAAAAUAGGUGGGUACACCACACAUCCUUCUUAUGGGACUACAACACCACCAACAUGGGAUAUCUCAAACUGCCCAAACGAGCUCCUGAAUAUCGACAGGCAAGGGGUCACCUGGACUUCAUAUGCCGCAUGAAGGACUAUAUUACAUCAAGGCCUGAUUUUGUCGAGAGAACAAUAGAUGCCGUUGGGAGCCAAUUCGUGCUUACGUCGACCGAGCUGGAAGCAGCUGAGAGCUCUUUAGAUUUGAAAUUUGAACCCUCGAGCAGGCUGCUCACAAGACUGGAAGUUGGACAAAAUGCCUUUUCCGAGUCCUCAAGGCCUGAUGAUAUGCCCUCCCAAUCGUUAUUGGAGCGCCUCUUUGCCGAGGCGGCGCCGGUGGCGGUGGCGGUGGCGGUGGCGGUGGCAGUCGAUGAGGCAACUUCCUCCGCCAUUUUGGACAGCAAAAUCGAGGAUGAUUUCGAUAAUCUUCGGAGAUGA